AUGCGUAGAGUGGAAUCAGAUAUUUACAAGCGUUUACAAAAUGACUCUUCCUGCAUAAGAAAUAUCUGCAUUGUUGCCCAUGUUGAUCACGGUAAAACUUCCCUUUCAGAUUCCCUUUUAGCUUCAAAUGGUAUUAUAUCACAAAGACUUGCUGGUAAGAUUCGAUUUUUAGAUGCCAGACCCGAUGAACAACUACGUGGUAUCACAAUGGAAUCAUCGGCUAUUUCUUUGUAUUUUAGGGUAUUGCAUAAACAGGAAGAUUCUGAUGAGCCUCUUGUAAGUGAACAUCUGGUAAACUUGAUUGAUUCACCCGGUCAUAUUGAUUUCUCAAGUGAGGUCAGUGCAGCUUCGAGAUUGUGCGAUGGCGCUGUCGUUCUUGUUGACGUCGUAGAAGGAGUGUGCUCGCAGACAAUCACCGUGUUGAGACAAUGUUGGACUGAGAAGCUAAAACCUAUCUUGGUAUUGAAUAAGAUUGACAGAUUAAUCACAGAGCUACAACUUACUCCUCAAGAAGCUUAUAUUCAUUUGUCCAAAGUCAUUGAACAAGUCAACUCAGUUAUCGGGUCCUUUUUCGCAAAUGAAAGACAACUAGAUGAUUUAUUCUGGAGGGAGCAAUUGGAACAAAAUGAAAAUGCCGAAUAUAUCGAAAAGGAUGAUUCGGAUAUUUACUUCAAUCCUACUGAUAACAAUGUGAUUUUUGCGUCUGCCGUUGAUGGUUGGGGUUUCAACAUCGGUCAGUUGGCCAAAUUUUACGAGCAAAAAUUAGGUGCUAAGAGGGAAAACUUACAGAAAGUUUUGUGGGGUGAUUUCUAUAUGGAUCCAAAAACCAAAAAAAUCAUCAACAAUAAAAAUCUCAAGGGAAGGUCUCUAAAACCUCUUUUCACGUCAUUAAUUCUCGAUAAUAUUUGGAGAAUUUAUCAGAACAUAAUCAUAUCAAGGGAUACUGAAAUGGUUGAAAAAAUAGCUAAAACUUUGAACAUCAAGCUCCUCCCACGUGAUUUAAGGUCGAAGGAUGACAAACAAUUACUAAAAACUAUCAUGGGUCAAUGGCUACCCGUUAGCACAGCAGUGUUACUAACAGUUAUCGAAAAAUUACCUUCACCAUUGGAAUCACAAACGGAUCGUUUGGAUACCAUUUUAGUCUCUGAAGCAGACACGACAGCCAUGGAUUCAAAACUUUUGGAGGCUAUGAAAACAUGUGAUAGAGAAGGACCAGUAAGCGCGUAUGUAUCCAAGAUGCUUUCAAUUCCAUUGGAGGAAUUACCUGUUGAAUCUGACAGAAUAGCCUCAUCAGAUGAGCUAAUGGAGAGGAGUAGAAGGGCGCGUGAAGAGGCACUUAAUGCUGCAAAACAUGCUGGUAUAGUUGAAAAUAUGGCAAUGAUGGACUUGAAUGACAAUUCCAAGGAUACAGCUGAUUUAUAUAAAAGGGCAAAGGAUACCGUCAUGACUCCAGAAGUAGGAAAGCAGGCAAUGCCAAAACCUUCAGCAAAUAAUGACGUCUUCCAGGUUGUUUCAGAGCCUUCACCGGCGAUGGAUUUAGGAUUUGAAUAUGAAGUUGACGAUGAUGCAGAUAUUCAAGAUGAUUCCGGUUUAGAUUUUGUACCAACCGACAUAGAUCCAAAUGACCCCCUAAGUUCCAUGUUUGAAUAUGAAGAAGAAGAUCCUUUUGAAUAUAAAAUUCAGCAAAUGUCAGAAGAAAAGAACGAUGAAGCAAGUGAUAUUUUUGACGAAAGGGAAGAAUCCCUCGUGGCAUUUGCAAGAGUAUACAGCGGCACUCUGAGGGUGGGCCAGGAGAUCUCGGUGUUAGGCCCCAAGUAUGAUCCAGAACAUCCGGAGAAACAUAUUGAAACAGCAAUUAUUACUCAUUUGUAUUUGUUUAUGGGUAAGGAACUGGUUCCUUUAGACAUGUGUCCAUCAGGAAAUAUUGUUGGUAUUCGUGGUUUAGCCGGUAAAGUUUUAAAGAGCGGUACCUUGAUUGAAAAGGGUGUAAAAGGUGUCAAUUUAGCCGGCGUUAGUAUUCAUUCAACUCCAAUCGUUCGUGUUGCUGUCGAACCAGCAAAUCCCGUAGAAAUGAGCAAGUUGGUACGAGGACUAAAAUUAUUGGAUCAGGCAGAUCCUUGCGUGCACACAUACGUCGAGAAUACUGGUGAACACAUUUUGUGUACGGCCGGUGAACUACAUUUAGAAAGAUGUUUAAAAGAUUUAACAGAAAGGUUUGCUAGAAUUGAAAUUACACAUUCUGAACCCGCUAUUCCUUAUAGGGAAACUUUCUUAUCAGUGUCAGAUAUGAACCCUCCACAUAACUUUCAGCUAGCAAGGGGCGUUCAUGAACUACUAUUAGGUCAGUACAAGAUCACGUUCAGAACAUCCCCAUUAAGUUUUAAGGUUACAGAAUUUUUAUCUCAACAUCAAAACAGCAUUAAGACCAUCUUAAGGACAUCUACUUCAAACAUGGACCCCAUUAUAGAAGCUACUGGAAGUUCCCUUUUGGACAAAAAUUCUUUUUUGGUGGCCUUCGAGGAGAUCAUAAAACAGGAAGAAAAUAGUAAAGAAUUAUUAAGCGGAUUCAAAUCAAGAUUAGCCGGAUUUGGACCAAGUAGAGUUGGCUGUAACAUUUUGUUGUCCAACAAUAAUCUUCUUGGAAGUUUGUUUGAAGGUAAUCCAGCAGCUUUUGAAUAUUCUGAUUCCGUGAAAAAUGGCUUUCAACUGGCUGUAAGCCAGGGGCCUUUGGCGAAUGAGCCAGUUCAGGGAAUGUGUGUCAUUCUUGAAAGCGUACAAAAAAUGACACCAAAAGAAAUUGAUUCUAUUAAGGACCCGCACUAUCAACAACAUAUUGUUGACUUAUCAGGUAGGUUGAUAACGUCUACAAGGGAUGCUAUACACGAAGCCUUCCUAGAUUGGUCUCCAAGAAUUAUGUGGGCCAUCUACUCAUGUGAUAUUCAGACCUCUGUCGAUGUACUUGGAAAAGUGUAUGCAGUCAUUUUGCAGAGACAUGGUAAAAUUAUCUCCGAGGAAAUGAAAGAAGGUACGCCGUUCUUUCAAAUCAAGGCCCACGUUCCUGUCGUGGAAGCAUUUGGUUUGAGUGAGGAUAUUCGUAAAAAAACAUCUGGUGCAGCACAACCUCAAUUAGUGUUUUCUGGAUUCGAAUGCAUUGAUUUGGAUCCAUUUUGGGUGCCAACUACAGAAGAAGAGCUCGAAGAACUAGGUGAUACGGCAGAUAGAGAGAAUAUUGCUCGUAGGCAUAUGAAUGCCAUCAGGAGAAGAAAAGGUCUAUUCAUUGAAGAAAAAGUAGUUGAAAAUGCCGAAAAACAACGUACAUUGAAGAAGAACUAA